ACCGCGGUAGGCGAGCCACAGCCUCGCGACAUCAGGACGUCAACCAAUCCACAGAGCAGCGCGCAACGGCGAGGGGGGCUUGUGAAGUGAGCACGAAGAGGGGUGUUAUACAUAUUUUGCGAAUAGGAUUAUUGGAAUUGUUAGAAGUGGUGGAAGUUAUGGCGGAGGCGAAGAAAGAUUCGAGCGCGCCAGUGGGCUCAGAUGAGGAGAGCACGGUGAAAGUUACGCCAAGGAAGGAGAUCAGGCCGAAUGGGACGAUUAAGUUGAAGCGGCCGGCACCGAAACAUAAUAAGCCUGGGAACUGGAGGGAUGGGAGCGUCGUCGAUGAUGAUAAAAAGAAAGGCGCCGACUCCCCCUCUACCAACUCGGGCGCCUCCCCGGGACCAGUGGUGAAUCAGCUUGAUGACAGUACGCGCGAUACCUUUGCGACGGGGAGGCCGCUGGAGGAUAGUCCGGAGACGAGCCUGUGUAAGCACUGCAAGAAGAGCGUGUUGAAGAGCGCGCGGAAGGCGCAUAUUGAGAAGUGUCUCGCGGACAAGAAAGAGGCUGCGCGGAAGCGGAAGGAGGCGAAGGAGAGGGCGGCGAGGAGGAAGGAGGAGGAGGGUGCUGCUGCGGAAGAGGGGGGGGGGGAGAAGGUGAAGAAGGGGAAGGAGAAGAAGGAGAAGAAGGAGAAGGGGGGGGAGAAGAAGGAGAAGGUUGAUGCGGAGGGGGAUACGGCGAUGGGGAAUAAUGCGGAUGCUGGGGGGGAAGAGGAUGAUGACGAGCCAGAGCCGAGCGCGUCGUCGGAGGUGGUGAAGAAGACGCCGGCGGGACUGAAGAGCGCGAAGAAGACGGCGGGGAAGAAGAGUGAGGAGGGGGGGGAGAAGAAGCAGGGGAAGAAGAGGAAGGCGGAGGGGGAUGCGGAGAAGAUGCCUAAGCAGAAGAAGAAGAAGGAUGAGCCGAAGGCGAAGAUUGUUAAGGCGAAAGUUCCCGUGGACGUCGAGAGACAGUGCGGUGUCAUCACACCUAAUGGCGUUCCUUGCGCUAGAUCAUUGACGUGCAAAUCGCACUCCAUGGGCGCUAAGCGCGCGGUCCCCGGCCGCUCACUACCGUACGACAUGCUCCUCGCAGCCUACCAGAAGAAGAACCAAGCCAAGCAGCAAAAAGCAGCCAUCGACGCCAACGCCCCCGUCGAAGACGAAGACGCCAACGCCGGCCCCAUCGACUCCGACGAAGAAACCGCACUCGUCAUGUCCGCGCUCUCAAAAUGGAAUCCCCAGCCCUACCUCCCGCAACCGGUGCUGAUGCCGAUUAAACGCCAGUACCAGCUUGCGCGCCUGCGGGAGCAGCUGGAUAACGCGACGAGUGGGGGGACGGUGAAUAUUUUUAAGGUGGCGAGGAGGGAGGUGGUGGCGGAGGUGGGGGAGGAGGAUGCGGUGGGGGAGAGGGAUGAGGGGUUUGUGGGUGGGGGGAGGAGGGGGGGGGUGGGAUGGGGGUGGGGAGGAGGCCGGAGGUGGUUGCCGGGAGGUGAGGUGGUUGUAGGGGCUGGGGGGGUUAAUGAAGUCUUGGAUUUGAUGUGA